CUAGGAGGGAAGAGGAGUCCAGACCCCAUGGCAUUAAGAACAGACAGGCGUGACAGAGUGAGCUAGCAUCAUCACCUUUCAGUGGAAUAACAACCUUAAAUCAACAUGAUACUCUCAAGUGAAAAGAUAGCUGCCAGUGUCAUACUCCUACUGGGUAUCAUGGGUGUCACCUCAGCCAAUGAAGUUGGCCUGGGCGGAAAGGUGCUGGUCUUCCCGUACGAGACGGACUUCAGCUUCGUGGCGCUCAUCCCCCAAAAGGAGAUGGACCUGCGGGCGUUCACUCUGUGCAUGCGCGUGGCCACCGAGCUGGAGGGCGAGCGGCAGAUCAUCCUGUUCGCCUACCGCACGCCCGACUACGACGAGCUCAACGUGUGGCGCGAGAAAGACGGCCGCAUCGCCUUCUACCUGAGUGGCGACGGUGCCUUCUUCCACCUGCCACCCAUCACCACCUUCAGAACGAGUCUCUGCCUCACCUGGGAGUCCCGUACGGGGCUGGCCGCCUUCUGGGUGGACGGCCGCCGCAGCACCUACCAGGUGUACAAGCCGGGUCACACCAUUCGGCCCAAGGGGACCGUCCUCCUUGGGCAAGACCCGGACAAACACCUGGGAGACCUGGAGGCGGUGCAAAGCUUUGUGGGGGAGGUGACCGACCUCAACAUGUGGGACUAUGUGCUGCCCAGAAGCCAGAUCCAAGCCCUGCAUUACGAACAUAAGAUCAUUAAGGGAAACAUCUUUGACUGGGCCACCAUCGAGUACCAGCUGAACGGGAAUGUGAUGGUGGUGGAUGAUGACUGACUCGGAGUGGAGUCGCGAGCGGACGUGGAUGUGACCCAUUUGGGUGUCUGUGCUGGACUGCUGCUGACCUUUUUGUUUAGUUUGGUCUUCUAGAUUUAGUCACUUGCAUGCCUUAUGUAGCCAGUUAACUAUAUUCACUCACAAAAUACCAGUGGUUCAUAAGAAAAGAUGGACAUUCAUUUUGUGAUGUUUAAAUAGUCUAUGCAGAAAGAUCAGAACCAGUUGAUUCCAAAAGGUCCUUCAUCAGACAGGCACAUGUAUGUAACACAAUUCUUCUUUAGAACUAACUAUUUAGGAUAGAUACAGUAUGUCCACUCACCUAAUGCAUGGAUGGUGAGGUUAACUAUAUUUUAUUAGCAUUCCAGCAGUUUUUAUGUUAAUUUAUUAAGGAGUUUAUUAGUCUCCUCUUGGUAAUUAUCAUGAAUGUUCAGGACAAAUUUCAUACAAUAUGCAAUUUAAUCUGUUAUUUAGUUACAGAGCUAAUUUAUUUGUUGCUCUCAGCAUGAUUUUCUUUUUUAUGUGGCCUCAUAUGCAAGGCUUCUAGGGACUUUUAUACAAUUGUCACGCGGCUGGUGAGCCCUAAUUUCAAUGGAAUGUAUUGUUGAUGUACCAGAUUUAACCACAAGGUGGCAGUAUAUGCUAGUUUCUUUAUUCAGUGAGCGUCAAACAAGACAUUGCUUGAUCAUACAUGGUGUGGCAUUCUUGUGCUCAAGAUUUCAAUUGCUUUUGUUCCCGCUAAUGGCUCAAUUGAAACUGGUAACAUUAGACCUGUAAUGUUAAAGUCAUGCAUGUCCUUCAAAUUCUUUGAUAUUGAUUUUAUUCAUAAAAGUUAACAAUAAUGUUAGCCCUAUUUUGGCAAUUGUUUAUGGAAAACAGGAUGAGUAAACGAGAGUCAAAGGAGGUGAAUGAAAGCGUGAAAGAGAAGGAUGAUUCAUUAUUUCUAUACUUAAUAAUUUAACUGCGCUUUCAGACAAACAGCAAUUAUGAUGUUUAAAAGCCAUUGCCAUAAUGUUGCCUUUGGUUAGCACACUCUCUCUCAUAAAUGUACCAUGUUUAAACUGAUGUAAGAAUGCUUUUGGGUCUGAAAUCAAAUCUUGGCAUGUGCAUAACUAAAAGUGUGUGUUAUUAAAGAGAAAAUAGGUCUUUGAA